UCUGAUUUAAUAAGGAAUACUUUUUAUUUGAAAAUUCACUUAAAAAGCCCUUAAGUGAUUACGACGAAAUGAUGAGUUUGUGCAUUGUUAAAAGGAUUAUGAAUAGAGUAAAGAGUUUAAAACAUACUUUAUUAAACUUUUAUCCAACUACUUUAUGGAAUUAUAGAUUACUGACAACCUGUCCACCAGGAAUGCAACCUGAUAGAUAUCUCCUACUAUGUUCGUCUUGCCUUCCGGGAACUUACAAAUCCUUUAAUGGUCUUUAUACUUGUAUACCUUGCCCUAAAGGUUUUCAGCAACACCAAUCAGGCUCUAAGACGUGUCGCCUCUGCCCUAAAAAUUCUUCCUGCUAUCAGAAAGAAUCUGUUCUAUCAAGUCGUGCCCUCUUGGAUGCUUUUGAAUUGGGUCAUAUUAGAGGAAUCAAUACGAUAACAAUAAAAAAGAGGCAAUCUAUAACGUACGAUACCGAAGAGGACGGGACUCGAUAUAUUCCUAGUGAUAGAUCUUCGAAAUUGGGAGAAGAAUCAACUGCAAAUGUAUUUAAGUCUUUAAUCUGGAUCUAUAGAACAACGAAAUCUUGUCCAAAAGAUUAUCUUAAAUAUAGUCAAAAGAUAAUUAAUUUAUUCAUAGAAAAAUGCAAAGAUUUUUACGGACUAAGGGAAAUUAAUGAGAAGAAAAUUCAUGUAGAUUCGAGCUGUCUGCAAUCGAACAGCACUUAUGUGCUAAUAAAUGUAAGAUUAGCACGACUCUCAAAAAGGGUCGAAAGGUCAUGUAACGUCACUAACGAAGAUGAAUGCGUGAUAAAGCUAGAAUUAAACCAUUUAGAUGACGUAUACAGACGUUGUUUGCGGCCAGUUUUCGAAACUUUUUUCGCUAAUUUAACGUCGUUGAAAUUCUUUAAAGGAAUUGAUAGAACUCAAGUUGAAUGCCAACCAGGACGUCAAUACAAUUCUUCGAAGUUCAAAUGCGAAGAAUGUCCGAAAGGAACUUAUAAAGGAGAAGAGGAUGAAGUAUGUCUUCAUUGCCCGUUUGGAAAAUACCAGAAUAAAGUUGGACAAACGGAAUGUUUGGAAUGUAAUUCAAAAAGGACGAAAAACUCAAAAAGAGGUUCAAAGAGUAAAAUUGAUUGUGAAGAUAUUGCAAUAAAUCAAAGUAACAAAACUCAAAUUGAUAAUGAUAAAUCUGAUCUAGAAACCGAUACUGAUCACAUACAAGACAAUUGGAAGAUUACUGAUAGAUCUAGAACCGGUGAAAAAGUUGAUAAUAAAUUUUUAUGGAAUAUCAUAGCAGGAUGUGUAAUGUCGGCGAUAUUUUUCUUGUACUUUUUAUGUAGUAGCUAUUUACAAAGAACCAAGGUAGAAGAUAUUAAUUUGGAAAGAGAAGCUAUUCUUCAAAAAAUUACAACUGAUAGAAAUAUACGAAUAAGGGAGAAUAAUGCUGGUUUACGACCGAAUACUACAAUGGGUCUGAUAGAAGGAGCUCCUUGAAUUUAUUAAUAAUUUCUUUAUAAAAACUUGUUAAACUUAAGUGAUAAUUAAUUAAUUUUAUACCAAAAGACUUAACAAC